UUAAGCUGGACAAAAAACGAAAAAUAUAUCAAGAACAAGAGUGAGGCUGAAAAAUAACAGUGGAAUCAUAACAAGCUCAAGCCAUGGUUGCUGUGACAACAUCAACAUCUCACCUCCUCUUCUCAAGCUCACAAUCUCUUUCCCGCGCCUCCUUUCCAAUCAUACUUUUUGAUACCAGAACUCUUGUCUCAUUCCCCAACAACAAUUGCUGUAAGAAGAAACAUGGUGGUGCUGGUGGAAUCAAGUGCAUGGCUGUGAGUACAGCCUCUGAGGCAGAGACAAAAAAGAAGAAUAAGUUUAAGAUUAAAACGCUUACAGGCUGGCUGUUGAAGCAGGAACAAGCAGGUGUCAUUGAUGCUGAACUUACUAUUGUGCUUUCUAGCAUUUCAAUGGCAUGUAAGCAGAUUGCUGCCUUGGUGCAGAGAGCCAGCAUUUCUAACUUAACUGGAGUUCAGGGUGCUGUUAAUGUUCAAGGAGAGGACCAGAAAAAGCUUGAUGUGGUCUCUAAUGAGGUGUUCUCUAGCUGCUUGAGAUCAAGCGGACGGACAGGAAUAAUAGCAUCAGAAGAAGAGGACGUACCAGUGGCAGUGGAAGAAAGUUACUCCGGAAACUACAUUGUGGUUUUUGAUCCACUUGAUGGAUCAUCCAACAUAGAUGCUGCUGUGUCCACUGGAUCCAUCUUUGGAAUAUAUAGCCCAAAUGAUGAGUGCCUAGCUGACAUUGGUGACGAUAACACUCUUGAAAAUGCAGAUCAGAGGUGUAUUGUGAACGUGUGCCAACCAGGAAGCAACUUACUUGCUUCUGGCUAUUGCAUGUAUUCAAGCUCAGUGAUUUUUGUCAUCACAAUUGGCACCGGCGUAUUUGCCUUCACCUUGGAUCCAAUGUAUGGUGAAUUUGUUUUAACUCAAGAAAACAUCCAGAUUCCCAAGGCUGGAAAAAUAUAUGCAUUCAAAGAAGGAAACUACCGACUGUGGGAUGAUAAGUUGAAGAAGUACAUUGAUGACCUUAAAGACCCUGGUCCUAGCGGCAAGCCCUACUCUGCCCGAUACAUUGGUAGUUUGGUUGGUGACUUCCACCGGACAUUGCUAUAUGGUGGCAUUUAUGGGUAUCCUAGAGACAAGAAGAGCAAGAAUGGGAAGCUGAGGCUCUUGUAUGAGUGUGCACCAAUGAGCUUUAUAGUAGAACAAGCCGGUGGCAAAGGUUCAGAUGGCCAUCAGAGAAUACUUGAUAUUCAACCAGUUGGGAUACAUCAGCGUGUUCCACUCUACAUCGGAAGCCAGGAGGAAGUGGAGAAAUUGGAGAAGUACUUGGCUUGAUUGAACUGCAAAAGAAAAGAAUAGAUAUAUAUAUAUUAUAUAAGAUAAAUGCUGUUUGAAGAAAUAAAUUACUAAAACUAAGAGAGAAAGAAGUCUAAAUCUAUUUACCAUUGUCACUUAUUCUUUUGUGGGGAUAAAAAGAACUCGUUCUGGAUUCAGCAAAGAAGCAAGUGGAAGAUUCAAUUCUUAAUUCUCAGCUAAAUUUUUACUUAUUACGUCUACAAUACAAAACAGUUGCACAAUGAUACUAUCCCUGUAGCCAGUAGAAGCCUUAAUGUUUGUACAUUUUAACUUAAAAUAUUCAUGUUUGCAAAAUUUACGAAGAAGCAGUUGUGAGUUCAAAACGUAUCACAUCAAAUGAAACAAAGCAGUAGAAUACCAUCAUCUUUCU